AUGCGGACAAUCAAUGAUCAACAUGAUUUAGAAAUUAUGAAGGACAAUGAAAAUGUCAUUGAUGUAGAAUCAAAUGAUAGUAUAGACGUCAAAGUAAUUAAUCAAAAUGAAGAAGAAAAGGCGAAUUUUUGGACAAGAUGUCGUACUAAAAGACGAGAUAAAAUACCCGUUGAACUAGUGAGCAUUCGAAGUUUGUUUCGCUAUGCCACUUGUACUGAAUUAAUCUGCAUUAUAUUUGGAAUUAUUGCUUCAAUCAUAUAUGGUCUUUGUCUUCCAUUUUGCGUAUUAAUCUUUGGUGAUAUAACAGAUUCAUUUACUGAUCGAGCAUCUAAUUUAUGUUCACUUAAUUUCACAUCUCUCGCUCAUACUUAUUGUCCAUCGGGUGUAAAAUUGACAUCAACUAAUUUUUAUUCAACAACACGUUUGUGUAAUUUUACUGGAGCAAAUUUAACUAAUAUUAAUUAUGAUUUUAAUAGUCAAACAACAAAACAAAUAAUUAUGCUCAUAACUAUUGGAUGUGUUAAUUUUAUAUCUGGUUAUAUUCGAGUAACAUUAUUUGAAAUAUUUGCAGAGAAACAAAUACAAACUAUUCGAAAGAUUUUAUUUAAAUCAAUUCUAAAAAAAGAUAUUCAUUUUUUCGAUACACAUAAAACUGGUGAACUUAGUUUAUGUCUAACCGAUAAUAUUAAUAAGAUUCGUGACGGUAUUAGUGACAAUCUUGGCUCAUCUAUUGAAUUGAUUACGACUUUUAUAAGUUGUAUUAUUAUUGGUUUUGUUAGAGGUUGGAAGUUAGCACUUGUUAUAUUUUCAUUAACACCAGUAAUAUUUCUUGCAAUAACAAUUUUAUUCAAAUUUGUUACUAAAAUGACUGCUAUUGAAUUAAAGGCAUAUGGAAAAGCUGGAAUGGUAGCUGAAGAUGUGAUAAGUUCAAUUCAUACAGUUAUAUCAUAUAAUGGACAAGAAAAAGAAAUAGAACGAUAUGAACGAUAUCUUGAUGAUGCGAAGAAAUGUGCAGUUAAAAAAGGCAUAACUAGUGGUAUCACAGCGGGCAUAACAAAUUUUCUCGUUUAUGCUAUUUAUGUCUUGGGAUUUUGGUAUGGAACAAAAUUGAUUUGGGAAGAAAACUAUACUAUUGGAGAUGUUUUUACUGUAUUUAUGUGUAUUAAUUUUGGUAUAUUCUCUUUGGGACAAGUGAGUCCUUAUUUGCAAACAUUUUAUGAAGCUCGAGUUUCUGCUUUUAUGUUAUGGAAAAUUAUUUGUGAACCAUCGACGAUUAAUAAUGAUAAUGAAAAAGGUUUAAUAAAAGAAGAUUUAAUUGGUAAUAUAAAAUUUUCAAAUAUUAAUUUCUAUUAUCCAUCACGGAUUGAUACAACUAUUCUUAAAAAUUUAUCAUUUGAUAUUAAAUCUGGUCAAACAAUAGCUCUCGUUGGUUCGUCUGGAUCAGGAAAAUCAACAUGUAUCCAGUUACUGCAAAGAUUUUAUGAUCCUCAAUCAGGUUCAAUAUUUCUUGAUGAAAAACAACUAAACGAAUAUAAUAUUAAUUGGUUAAGACAAAAUAUUGGAGUUGUUAGUCAAGAACCAAUAUUAUUUCAAACAACUAUUCGUGAAAAUAUUUUAUUUGGAUUAAAUUCAGCUACUAAUGAACAAAUUGAACAAGCUGCUAAAAUGGCUAAUGCACAUUGUUUUAUUAUGAAACUUCCAGAGAAAUAUGAAACUAUAAUUGGUGAACGAGGUUCUGCACUUUCAGGUGGACAAAAACAAAGAAUUGCUAUUGCUCGAGCUCUUCUUCGUAAUCCAAAGAUUUUACUUCUUGAUGAAGCUACAAGUGCACUUGAUAGAGAAAGUGAAAAAUUAGUUCAAGAAGCUUUGGAUCGUGCUGCUCAAGGUCGAACAACAAUAAUAAUUGCACAUCGUUUAUCAACAAUUCGUAAUGCAAAUAAAAUAAUUGUAAUGCGAAAAGGAGAAAUAGUUGAAGAAGGUGAUCAUAAUUCAUUAAUGAAUAUUCAUGGUACAUAUUAUAAUCUUGUUAUACAACAAAAUUUAAAAGAUUCUCAAGAAGAUAUUGAUGAAGAAGAAGAAGAUGAAUUUAUAGUUGAAGAUCAAAACAAAAAUAAAAUAGAUUCAUUUUCAAAAGUAGAAGAUAAUUUAAUAGAAUCAAGACCUCGUCUGUUCACAGUAAAUAGUGUUGCGACAUCAAUAUUAUCUAAUAUAUAUGGAAGAAUGAAUUCAAGAUAUGAAAACAUUACUAAUGAGAAGAACUUUACAGAGAUAAAUAAUGAAAAGGAUAAAACACAAAAUAUAACAUUAAAUAUAUUAAAAAUGAAUAAACCAGAAUGGGUUUUAAUUUUAAUUGGAUGUAUAAUGGCUUGUUUAAGUGGAGCAUUAGAACCAAUAUUUUGCAUUAUUCAAACAAAAUUAGCAACAGUUUUUCAAGAAUGUGACAGAGAUUAUCAAAAAAAACAAAUAUAUAUUUGUAUUAGUGUUUAUGCUGGUAUAGGAAUAAUGAUUUUCAUAUUUCAAUCGAUUCAAGGUUAUAUGUUUGCUGAAUCAGGUGAAUCUUUAACAAAAAGACUUCGAUCAAAAACAUUUCGAGCUAUUCUCAGUCAAGAAAUAUCUUAUUUUGAGCAACCUAAACAUAGUACUGGUAUAUUAUGUACACGUUUAUCAAGUGAAGCAUCAUCUGUACAAGAUGCAAUUGGUACUCGAUUUGGUUUACUUUGGCAACAUUCUAUAGCAGUUGGUGUUGGAAUUCUUAUUUCAUUUGCAUAUUGUUGGCAAUUAGCAUUAGUUGGUAUAUGUUUUGUUCCAUUUAUAUUAUUUGGUAAUAUUAUUAAAAUUCGUUCAAGUAUUAAAUUUACAAGGAAUAAUAAAGAAAUUUUGGAAAAGCCUGGAAAGUUGGCUAUGGAAACAAUACAAAAUAUUCGGACAGUAAUGCAAUUAACAAAAGAAAAUCAUUUUUAUGAUGAAUAUUCUCAAACAAUUGAUACUAUUUAUCGAUUAUCGUAUAAACAAAGUCAUAAGCUAGCCAUAUUAUUUCCAGUAACAACGUGUGCUUUUUAUUUUGGUGUAGCUGUAUUUGUCUAUUUAAGUACAUAUCUUGUUGAUCAAGGUACAUCUACAUUUCAACAAAUAUUUAUAGUAAUGAAUUGUAUAAUGUUUACUUCUCGAAUAUCAGGUCGUGUAUUAACAUCAUUACCUGAUUAUGGAAAAGCAAUUGAAGCUGCUAGAAAUAUAUUUGAAUUAUUAAAUCGAAAACAAGAAAUUGAUAAUCAAUCAAAAGAUGGUGAUGAAAUUGCUAAUUUUACUGGUGAGAUCGAAUUUGAUGGUGUUUAUUUUGCUUAUCCGAAUCGAAUGAAAUCAACUAUACUCAGAAAUUUUAAAUUAAAUAUAAAAUCUGGUCAAAAAAUAGCACUUGUUGGAACAUCUGGUUGUGGAAAAUCAACAACUAUUCAAUUACUGCAACGAUUUUAUGAUGCUAAUUUUGGUCGUAUUUUGAUUGAUUCAAAAGAUAUUCGAGAUCUUAAUCUCCAAUGGUAUCGAUCACAAAUUGGUAUUGUUUCACAAGAACCAACUCUUUUUGAUAUGUCAAUUCGUGAAAAUAUAUCAUAUGGUGAUAAUAAUCGAAAAGAUAUUACAUUAGAGGAAAUUAUUCAAGUGGCAAAAACUGCAAAUAUUCAUGAUUUUAUUCAAAGUCUUCCACAGGGAUAUGAAACAAAUUGCGGUGCAAAAGGAACUCAAUUAUCUGGUGGACAAAAACAAAGGAUUGCGAUUGCUCGAGCAUUACUUCGAAAUCCAAAAAUUUUAUUACUUGAUGAAGCGACAAGUGCAUUAGAUAGUGAAAGUGAAAAGAUAGUUCAAGCAGCAUUGGAUAAUGCUAUACAGAAUCGAACAUCAAUAACAAUUGCACAUCGUUUAUCAACAAUUCAAAAUGCAGAUUUGAUAUGUGUUCUUCAUCGUGGAAAAAUUGUUGAAAGUGGAACUCAUGAACAAUUAAUUGCACUUAAUAGUCGUUAUUGGCAAAUGGUUCAACAAUAA